AUGCUACGUAAUUUGAGGUUAACUGGCGAGAUGGUUUUCAUGUUUGAGCAAACUGUUGAAACAGAUGGCUGGAGAAAGGGUUACCUAGGCGGUCGUAAAAGCACGUUUGAUAAAAACUUAGAAGAUGAAAUUGUCGCCCACGUAAAAAAUCUAGAAACUAGAUUAUUUGGUAUGUCUACAAAUGAUAUACGAAAACUGGCUUAUUAUCAAGUGGCGGAAGCAAAAGGUUUAUCACAUAAAUUUUCUGCAGCUAAAGAAAUGGCCGGCUGGGAUUGGUAUAAAGGUUUUAUGCAACGAAAUCCUUCAUUAUCGUUAAGAACACCAGAAGCUACUUCGGCUGCACGCGCCAGAGCCUUUAAUAAACCCCAAAUAACAAAAUAUUUCAAAUCUUUACUUGAAACCCUUGAAAAGUAUGACUUCCAACCAAAUCAAAUAUGGAACGUCGACGAAUCGGGCUUGUCAACAGUGCCAUCUAAAAAUGCAAAAAUUAUUGCUACCAAAGGUAGGAAGCAGGUCGGCAUAUUGAGCAGCGCAGAACGAGGACAACAUCUUACCGUUGUGUCUUGUAUGAAUCCACUAGGCAUAUAUAUUCCCCCAGCUUUUAUUUUUCCAAGGAAAAAUAUGAAGCAAGAAUUGUUGGAUCACGCGCCCACAGGUUCAACAGGUUUUACUCAAGAAAAGGGGUGGAUGACUGGAGACAUCUUUUUGAAAUGGCUAAAGCAUUUUGUCAAAUAUGCAAAGCCCACAGAAGAGGAAAAAAUUCUGCUUUUAGUCGACGGCCACGGCAGCCACAAAGACUUGAACGUUUUGAACUACGCAAAACACCAUGGAAUUAUAUAUAAUGUUUUGUUUUCCUCCCCACUUUUUUACAAUCAAGAACUCAUCAGUUGGUUAAGGAAUCAUCCUGGAAGAGUCAUAAUACAUUACCAAGUUGCAGAAAUAUUUAAAACAGCUUAUAAUAAAUCUGCGACGAUAGAAAAUGCUGAAAAGGGUUUUGCUGCAACAGGAAUAUAUCCGUUUAACAGUGAAGUAUUUCCCGAUUGGAUGUUUACUCCAUCAGAGGUUACAAAUGUUGAUUUAAGCGACAAUGAAACUUCCUCACAAAGAACUGAAAAUGCUGAACAAAUUCAGCCUAGCACAUCUGCAACGUCACAGUUAUCAGAAACACUAGAAAUAACAAAGUCUCCCAAUAAGGACAUUUCCAUUGAAGACAUAUCACCUUUACCUAUUGCUGAACUUGCCAAAAAUAAAAAGAAAAGAAGAAAAGGCAAGCAAGGUGUGUUAAACGACACGCCAAAUCUUGAGGAAGCUAAAAAAGUUGAAUCCGAAAAAAAAAAAACAAACAGAAAAACUCGCAGAAAACUGCGGUUCGAAGAGUUACUAAAAAUUUAUAUUUUGGAGAAAGUGACGAUGAACGUUUAG